AUAGUGCAAUCAGUACCGUUUCAAAAUGGUUUGGACAAGACCACCGCAGCCGCCUGUUCCAACAGUUUGGCACACAUUCAAGGCCAAGGAUGUCGAUAGUGAUCAACAGGUGGUUUACCGUGUCCAGGAUCUGACGGAAGAUCGCUACGAAGAUUUGAUUCAGCUUUUUCUGGACCAUUUCUUAGAGGACGAACCAAUUGCUGUGAGCAAGGGAAUUACAAAAAAUUCGCCCUUCUGUGAAAAUAUGAUUAAACUGUGGACAGGAGCUAUUAAGGAACAAAUGACAAUCGUUUGCUACAAGGAAGGAUCGGAUGAGAUUGUUGGUGCAAACAUGAUUGUUAUCAGAGGAUCGGGCGGUGAUUUCAACGAAGAAAUGCCAUCUGACGAUGAAGGAGAUUUUAUGUCCAUCAUCAAGUAUGUGGCGGCACAGUUUAACCCUCUGGAGCAUUACGGCGUAGAUCACCGGGUGACCGCGUACGGUCUUGUCGUCAACAAACGUUACCGGGGCCGGGGGAUCGCCACCGAGAUUCUGAAGGCUCGCGUUCCGAUGUGCAAGGCGUUCGGAAUCAAACUGUGUGCCCACAAUUUUUCGGCACCCGGAUCGCAAGGGGCGACUCGUAAGGCGGGAUACAGAACCGACUAUGAGAUAACUUAUGACAAGCUAGCCGAAAUGGGACCGAAGUAUACAUUGCGCGGGAUACCGUCGAAGAGUAUAAAAGUCAUGAGUUUAUGGAUCGACUGAAAGUGGACUGGAAUGAUCAUUCUAUUUAUUUCUGUUAUUUUGUUUUUCUGAUGAAAUCAAGUAAAAAAAGAAAAUAACCGUUUUCAAUAUAACUGAGGAAUAUGAUUGUCAAGAGCUACCUUUCGUGAAUGCGAUUUUUCGAAACAACAUAAGUCUCAGGGCAUAUUCAGUAGUGUUCUAGUUCUAGAUGCUUAAUUUAGGUUAGCUUUAAAAUUUAAAUCUGGAUUUAAUAACAAGAUAAAUUGGCAGCCCCAGCAGUGUUUUAUUUGUGUUUCAAAAAUAGAAAAAAAGAACGGCUUGCUGAGUUUCAGUUCUACUAUAGAGCUCCCAUAUGAAACUUUCAGCUGCUGAAUUUGCUCUUAUUACAUUACAUGUCACAUCAGGCGUACCUCAGGGCUCCCACCUAGGGCCUCUUCUUUUUAUUUUACAUAUAAACGACAUUUCUUUCAUACUCAUAAAUCUAUAAGGGCUUAUAUAUGCAGACGACAUGAAACUCUUCAUGGAAAUUAAAAAUUAAACAACGCUGUAAUAUUCCAGAACGAAAUCAAUCUAUUCUACAUUUGGUGCUGCAAAAGUCUACUUCAAGUCAAUGUAAAAAAAUGCAACUCAAUUACAAUCAAUUACAUUACAAUCAAUACUGCCAACAUCUUGACCUUAUUAUGUAAAAAAUCAAAUAAAAUCUCUCAGCUUUGUCGUAGAAAUAAUUCGUAGUAUGUAAGUGAACAUUGUAAACAAUUUAUAUAUAGUCUACAUUUGCUUGACGAAAUAAAUAAAUAAAUAGAAUAAA